AUGCUGCCCGCCAGCUUACGGCGGCUCCUCGUCGGCCUCUGCUUUGUCACAUGCGUCGGCGCAGAUGCCGGAGAUGAUUUCUCCAACAACUUGUUCUCCGACCUGGCCCCCCUACUGGCCUUGUUUGGAGAGAGGGUCACCACGCAGUUCAUGAGCCAGUCUAUGGGUUGGGCCGACAACAUUGUCCUGGCCAUGGCCCCGCUGGGCGUAAUCACCGCUAUCGUCGGUGCCAUCCGAGUCGGCGGCCCGUCGUGGCUCAAGGCCAUCAUCGGAAGGGCAAGGGAGAGCCGUGCCGUCGUUGAGGCCGAGCUGAUGUCCUCUACCUCGAAUGAAGUGUGUGAGCUCUGGAACGGCCAGCAAAUCGUCAGGCCCGGAAUUUUAGAACGUAUAUUCGGCAGCUACUACCAAAAAAGUCAAGGUUCUUCCCAAACUAAGAAACGUCCCACUGGAGUGAUAGUCCGGGAAGUUCAUCAAUUGACCCCCUCCCCCCGAUCAGACUCUGCCGGCCGAGGCAGCCUGCUCGGCAAGCGUGUUCCUAAUGACCAAGAGGACCCAGAAAAAGCCCUGCCAAAUGCCAAGGCGCAGAAAGUUCGUAGCAGUUCGAACUCCAAGAAGCCCGACAAAGAUUUCGAUCCAGAGCUAUAUAAACGUCCAGUCGCCGUCAUUCGAAAUACGGACGCCGACACACCCAACCUCACCCUCAACGUUCACAACCAAGUGGGCAGAGGGGAGCUUUACGUGGUUUCCAUAUGCGGCAUUGUCCUUCAACUUGGUGUCCUCGUCUACUCAGGACUUACCGCCUACCAUCCCAACUCUAUGCUGCUCAAGGAUGGAAACGCCGUCGCAGGCUACGCCUUUCCGUGUACCGCAACCGGCACGCUGCUCUUGGUAGCCGGCAUAUUUAUCUGUGCCCACGUCGUCGAAAGUAGUACGUCGGAAACGAGAUAUCGCCCUUGGGACGGGAUGGAAGCUCGAGUUGUCUGGCUGCAGAAACAUGGAACCGUGAACGACCAGGCUUUCCUGUCCUUUGCAAUAUUCCCAGAGACGGCGCAACCCCUGGUUACAACUUCACACCGGGCUAGCGAGAGAACAAUACUGGGGUUCUGCAAACAUUUCAUAAUGCCCGCCCUGGUAGUCAACGUACGAGAAGCCAUCACUGUCGCUGGUACAAUGGUCAGCAUUUGCGGCUUCGUCGUGCAGUUCAUCGGUUUACGCGGCAUGCAUUGGUCAGCGUCCGUUGCCCAGCUUGGCGCAACUAUCGUCAUGACCAGUCUCAGAGCAGCGGUUCGUCGCAAUCUCGCAAAAAAUCCAAAGGCACUACCUCUCGUUCGUGACCAUGAACUGGAUUGGUUGGCGAUGACCCUUGGGAAGCCCGCAAACGCCCCUUGGCACCCUUCGGUCGACGGUGAUAGUUGGGACUGGAUUAUUGCCGCCGUCGAAACCCCAGAGAGACGGGAGAAGCUGAAACCGCUUCGGCAGAGUCCCGGCGCGGAUUCGACGCGCCACCCAGGUGGGCUCGACAGACCAUCAAAGGCCCAGGAAGUGAUGACGAUAAGGAGGGAUCUUGGCGAGUUGGCCGGCUGGCCCGGGCCAGCAUCCGCAGAGGCCAUCGCUUUAGCUCGCGCGAUCGAGGUGGCAAUGGAUGUCCUGAUUGGUCCUAGCUCUGCGGACAAGAAGCUCUCCUGGUCUCUUUCGGCUUUCAAGUCUCCGGACGUGGCUGGGUUUGAGUCAAUCGCCUUUCGGGUAGAGGCACAGGCAAAUGGACGCUGGAAAAUCUUUUCCGACGAGCUUGAAGCUGUGCUUUCGUUGUGGCUUUAUUUCGUCCACAAACAGGAAAACAGCGUUGAAAGCAAGGAAGAAGAGCAGAAUGAGAUUGCCAAGGAUGACGCGUGGUUGCGGACCAAGGGAACGCUAGCAAAACCUAGCCUCCGACUUCUAGGCUCACAUACGGCGGCUCUGUAUAGAGAUCUUCGGUGGUGGAUGCCUGAUGGUGCUGCCAGAGUCAUCGAAGUUAACGAACCGGAAACUAACGACGGGAUAAUGGAGGUCGAGAGCCAUCGAGUUGUCGGAUUUGCGUCCAAUGCCAGGGCUAACCCUUCGGAUGUUGACAUCUACCAGUACAAGCGGAAGUCCCCAGAAUCCCCGCGUAGGGACGCCCCCCUGGCCGUCGAAUCAUACAGUUCUUUGAAGACAUUGUACAGCCAACACAUGUUCACCGCUUUCAUAUGGUCCGCGGCAAAGACGAUGGGGAAGCCGAUGAAAGACGGGGCAGAUGUACGACCCACUGAGAAAGACGGUGUGAGUGGCGAUUCGGCGUGGAAGUCGUUUACAUUGCACAAUGCCCAGCUUUCCAAAAUGGUCCAAGACAUCCAAAACACCGGGCUUGGAAGUCUGGAAGAUGUCUACCUAUGCGUCAUUCCACCACUGAGCAUGGAGAACAGACUACCACGAGCCGAUGCCAUCAUCGAAUGGGCGCACAUCCGUGGGCAAACACCAUUACAUUAUGCUGCUUGCCGGCAAGACGGCGCUUCGAUCAUACACGAUCUCCUACGGAAAGGCGCGGAGAUCAACAUACGAGAUGUCGAUGGAAUAGCGCCAUUACACAAUGCAGCGAUCCAUGGUAGCAGCGAGGCAAUGCGAUCACUGAUUGAAGCAGGGGCGGACAUAGACGCCGUGGAUGGUCUAGGAUACACUCCGCUGCAUUGGGCUGCA